AUGUUCUUAUUUACCCGUGCAUCCCAUAUAACAAUUUUACUUGUUUAUGUUGAUGAUAUUGUAAUUACAGGUGAUGAUGUGUUGGUUAUUUCACUCUUAAAGAAAUACCUUUGCAGCCGGUUCAACAUAAAAGAUUUGGGCUCAUUGAAAUAUUUUUUGGGAAUUGAAGUGGCACGUUCCAAGGCUGGAAUUUUUCUUAAUCAGCGGAAAUAUGCAUUAGAAAUUUUGCAAGACACAGGUCUUCUUGCUAGUAAACCAGUCACAACUCCACUGGAUUACAAUCACACUUUGGUUGCUGAUCAUGGUGAAGNNCUAUCUGACCCUGCUUCAUAUNGGCGAUUGGUUGGUAGAUUGCUAUACCUUACAGUCACCCGACCGGAUAUCACUUAUGCAGUUAACUUACUGUCACAGUUUAUGUCUUCUCCUCGUGACACACACUGGCAGGCAGCACUUAGAGUGGUGAGAUAUAUCAAAUCUGUCCCGGACCAUGGUAUCCUACUCUCAUCUAAUUCUUCUUUACGCUUGCAUGCUUAUUGUGAUGCGGAUUGGGCUUCUUGCCCCACUUCUAGAAGAUCAACCACUGGUUAUUGUAUAUUUUUGGGUCCAAGUCUCCUCUGCUGGAGAACCAAAAAGCAGUCAACAGUUUCUCGCUCCUCUGCCGAAGCAGAGUAUCGAGCCAUNGCACAUGCNGUUAGUGAGCUCACAUGGCUGCACACUCUUCUUCAUGAAUUNGGUAUUCCACCACAUCCUGCAACUUUAUCUUGUGAUAAUCAAGCUUCCCUCCAUAUAGCAAACAAUCCAGUCUUUCAUGAAAGAACAAAACAUGUUGAAAUUGAUUGUCAUUUUGUUCGAGAUAAAAUUCAAGAAGGAAAACUUCGAACCACAUUUGUCUCCUCAAAUCAGCAAUUGGCAGAUAUCUUCACAAAGGCUCUUCUUCCGGCUUCACAUACUCAGUUAAUUUCCAAGCUCAUGUACCUUCCUAGUUCUUGA